AUGUUAUAUAAUCAUGGGAGAAAAGGCUCUUCACCUAGCGAAGAUGGAGACAAAGACGAGUUUUUCCCUGUUGAGCCCGCUGAAGUUGUAGCUGAGAGUGAUGAUGAUACAGUUAAUCAGGUAGAUCAUGGAGAUCCAACUAAUGGGACUGCAUUAUAUUCCAUCCAGAAUUAUCCAAAUGAUUCAAGUGCAGCAGAAGAUGGGGGAAGGGAGGAUAUGUUUGUUGAUUGUCCAGACGAGAUGGAAACUUCUGAGACUCUUCAGAGUUUUGAGGACAACGAUGAUAUCCAGGAUUCUCAAUUUGAAGAAUCAGAUAUUGGGAUCAAUGUCCGAAAUUUGAUGGCUGAGAUUGAACACUUGCGGGAUAUGCUUGCUGAGAAGGAUAGAUUUGCACAAGAAUACAAGGAAGAAAGAGCAGAAUUUACAAGAGAACUUGCUCAUCUUUGUCAUCAAAUCAAAGCUUUAAACAAGCAACGAUCUUUGCUUGGUGAAAAUGGGGUUGGGUUGGUUGAUCAUCUUCAUCAAAUGGAUGUUGGAGUUUUGGAAGAAUAUAACUUGGUAUCUAGUACCUCCAUGCACGAGACAAUAAGCGAGUGCUCGAAGUUCCUUGGGAAUGCUUUGAAUGAAUAUUCACUGACUGAGGGUAAAAUUAGAGAACUUCAUUCUACACUACAUAUGAAAGACCAGGAAAUUGAGAUUCUCAAUGCAAAGGUAGCUGACUACAACAGUUUCCUUUCUGAAGCUAACCAACUUAGAGGAUGCUUGGCUGAGAUUAUAUCAGAUAUCAAUGUGCAAGAUGAAAUUGAAAUUAUUGUUAUUGCCAGGAAUAAGUUGCUUGAACUAAAAAGAAACGAGGAGUAUCUUUACCAAAAUCUGAUGAAUCUCAAAGUCGAAAACAGGAAAUUGGUAGAACAUAUUGAUAAACAGAACUUAACGGUUGAGAAUGCAAAUGCAGAAAUUGGUAGACUAAGUGCAUUAGUUGAACAGGAGAAGAUGAAGUGUGCUAAUACUAAAGAGAAGCUCAACUUGGCCGUGACGAAAGGAAAGUCACUAGUACAACACAGAGACUCACUAAAGCAAUUAUUGGCUGAGAAAACAAGUCAGCUGGAAAACUGUUUGAUUGAACUGCAGGAGAAGUCGAGUGCUCUAGUGGCUGCAGAACAGUGUAAAUACUUGUUGGCAUCAAGUGAAAACUUGGCUACUUCACUCUGGGAAUCUCUUGUGCAGAAGGACACAAUUCUUCAGAAAUGUGGAGAAAUAUUAUCAGGGGCUGAUGUAAUGGAGGAAUUGCAAUCAAUAGAUUUCGUUGAGAAAUUCAAAUGUCUUGUAGAUGAAAGGAAUACACUGAAGGCUAUGUCUCUGGAAUAUCAUAGAAUGAAAGAUACCUUAUCAUUGUUUGAAUUCCCAGAAACGGUGCUAUCAAGUGAACUAGAUGCCCGUAUACGUUGGCUUCUGGACUCGCUUUAUCUGUCUAAAGAAGAAGCAGUAAAGUUACAACAUGAAAUAGCUGAAACAAAAGAAUCUUCUAGCAGUGAGAUUGAUUGCCUAAUUACUUCACUUUCUACAGUAACACAGGAGAAGAGCAAUCUUCAAGCAGAAUUGGAGGACUUGAGAAAUAAAAAUGAAACACUGGAGAAGUUACAACAUGAGGUAGUUGAAGCCAAAGAAGCUGCAAAUAUUGAGAUUGAUCACCUAACAAGAUUACUUUUGGUAGAAACAGAGGCGAAGAAUUAUCUUCAUGUGGAGUUGGAGAAUUUGAGACAGAAAUUUGAAAGGGUCAUUCAAAAGGAAUAUUGGGUUUCUUUGGAGAAGGAUCAAAUGGUAAGUAUGUUGAUGGAGGCAUUUGGAAUUGCAAGAGAGGAUCAGGAAGAAGUCUGCAAAGAGCAGUUUGACGGGACCAUAAUCAUUGACAAAUGCCUUACAAAGAUGAAAGAAGAGAUUAGUCGCCUUGAAUCUUCUCAAGCUGGGGAGGAAAUCUUUGAAAACAUCCAGACUCUUCUUUAUAUUAGAGACCAGGAAUUGAGGCUAUACGAGCUAGUAGUAGGGGAAGAUGUUUUAGAUAGAAAAAAGGUGGAUCUUCUGUUAAAUGAGUUGGAAAAAGUGACUCAAGAAUGCAAUGCACUAAAAAAUGAGAAGGCCGUUUUGCAGGAAAAUCUUGAACUGUUGGAGGGGAAGAGCUCUCUAUUCAGGGAGAAGCUAUCUAUGGCAGUUAAAAAAGGCAAGGGGCUCGCUCAGGAACGGGAAAACUUGAAAGGUGCUUUGGAUGAAAAGAAAAAUGAAAUUGAUAAGUUGAAGAGUGAAUUACAACAAAAAGUAUUCACAUUGGAUGAAUGCCAUGAUAAAAUCAGUAAAUUGUCGCUUGAUGUGGAGCGUAUUCCCAAGUUGGAGGCUGAUCUUGUUGCUAUGAAUGAACAUCGAGAUGAAAUUGAGCGGUUGUUAUCAGAAAGAAACAGCAUGUUGCAGAGAAUAAUGGAGUCAAUUGAUGGCAUUAUCCCUCCAGCAAAUUUGGCUUUUGAAGAGCAUGUAGGAAAGUUGAAAUGGCUUGCCGGAUAUCUCAGUGAAUGUGAAACUUCAAAGAUGGAGGUGGAACAAGAAUUGAGGAAAGUAAAGGAAGAAGCAAGUGUUUUGGUCAACAAGUUAUUAGAAUCCCAGAUGACUAUGAAGUCACUAGAAGACGUCUUAUCAGUGGCGAAAAACAAUGUAUCUCUACUUCUAGAAGAGAAGAAAGAACUAGAAGUUGCUAAGACAUAUGUGGAGGAUGAAUUGAAAAAGGCAACAGAGGAAGCUUAUUCUCAAACGCUAAAGUUUGAAGAGGUUUCUGUGAAUAGAAGAUUAGUUGAAGAUGCUUUGUUACUAGCUGAGAACAAUAUUUCCGAGCUCAUGAAUGAGAAAGACGUAGCUGUACAAAGAAGUGCUCUUGCAGAAGAAGAGCUACAGAAAUUAAAAGAGGAAUUUUCUAUUUGUUCUAGCACGUUGGUUGGAGCUGACAAAACCAUACAGUCCCUAGAAGAUGCAUUGUCUCAGGCAAAAACGAAUGCUGCGUUCUUGGCUGAUGAAAACAACAAGGUACAAAUUGGCAGAAUUGAGUUGGACAAUGAGAUAAAGAAACUCAAAGAUGAAGCUGACUCACAGGCUAGCAAACUUGUUGAUGCCUCCUUAUCUAUCAAAUCGCUCGAGGAAGCAUUGUUAAGUGCAGAGAAUAAAAUGGCCAAACUUGUUAAUGAAAAGAAAAGUGUUGAACAAGAAAUGUUAGCACUUAAUUCUAAGUUGAAUGUAUGCAUGCAAGAGUUGGCAGGAAUACAUGGUAGCACUGAGAUCCAGUCUCUGGAGCUAUCUAGUCAGCUUAGCCGUCUUCAAUUGCUUCUUAAAGAUGAAACUCUAAUUUCCCUACAACAACAAUGUUAUGAGAAGAAAUUUGAGAGUCUAAAGGACAUAGAUCUUCUCCUUAAAGAAAUGAAGGAUUGUUUUCUUGAAAUUGACUCAGAUGAGCCGCAGAGCUCUUCUGUGGUGGAGGAUGAUUCUUCCAUUUCAAAUAUUCUACCAUCUAGCUGUGAUAACAUUCGUAACGUGGAGGUGGUUAAUGGUGAGGUGAAUGCAGCUGAUGGUGAGAAUCUAUUGUUACAUAUUGGGAAGAUGGUUGAAGGGUUUCAUCUGAAAGACAAGAUUAUAGCUGAUAAAUUUGAAAACCUCUCUGCCUUUACGGAUGAGUAUAAUUCAACUCUGUUGAGAAAAUUAUAUAUAACAAAAGAUAGAAUGAUAAGUAUGCUCGAGCUUAUAAAAUCUCUGAAACAGAGGGUGAAGGAUGUGGAAACAGACAAACAAAGGCUGGAGAAUACUAUAGUCUCUUUAGAAAGUAGUAUGCAGAACAAAUUCGAAGAAAUGAAACAAACUUGUGAUAGAGUGGUGGAAGAAAGGGAUCUGUACAAAGAUAGAAUCAUUCAACUGGAGGCUGAUCUGGAAUUACGAGAAAACCUGUUCAAUGAAAUGAGGCUUAAACAAGAGAAUUGUGAAGCGGAAGUGGAUAAAUUGAAAAAAAGAGAAGCAGAACUUUCAUCUCUGUAUGCCACUUCAUUAUCAAAAGUUCAAGAAAUGGAAGACUCUCUCCUGACAGUGCCUCAGAUGAAAAUCCUCUUUGAUAAGAUAAAUGAGAUUGAAGUGCCAGACUCCGAGUUUGUAGUUGGAGGGGUAGAGCCCCAUGACACGUCUGAUGUAAAAAAGCUGUUCUACAUUAUUGAUAAUUUUAAUAAAUCACAGAAGAUUGUAAGCGCACUGUUUCAUGAAAAAGAAGAGCUGCAGUCAACCCUUGAUGAACAGGUAUUUGAAAUUGAAAAUCUGAAUAAUAAAGUUAAAGAGAAUACAAAAAAUGAGAAAGACUCGGAAAGGAUGAAGAAUGAAUUGUUGGAGCUCGAAUUGGGUCUGCAAAAAAUUGUCAGGAAGUUGGGGGACAAUGAAUUGAUUAAUGAUCAUAAAGUGGCUGGUGUGAUAUGGCUAGUACCCUUGCUUGACAAACUGGUUAUGGCCAUGUUGGUGGAAUCUGAAAAUUUGGAAUCCAAAAUCGAUGACCUUGGUGCCAAGUUGCACGGGUCCCAAAUGUUAGUGAGUGACUUGUCCAACAAGGUUAAAUUGCUUCAAGAUUCUAAUCAAGCUAGAAUUGCUCCUUCAGAGGAUGGCCACGAAAGAGGAACCUCUGAAGCUUCCUUGCCGACAAAGUCAGAGACACCAGAAAUACAAGAGAUGGGAUCACUUGGAAAGAGUAACGACAUUUCUCCCGUUCCAUCUGCUGCUCAUGUGCGAACUAUGAGGAUGAGCCCGAGUGAUAAUGUUAGUAUCGAUAUUGAUUCCGAGUCUGAACGAUUGGUUAACAAUGAAGAAGCUGAUGAUGAUAAAGGUCAUAUAUUCAAGUCUCUUAAUACAUCCGGUCUGAUUCCAAGAAAUGGAAAAACAGUUGCGGAUCGAAUUGAUGGAAUUUGGGUUUCUGGUAGUCGAGCUUUGAUUGGUCGUCCGAGGGCGAGGCUUGGUGUCAUAGCUUAUUGUCUCUUCUUGCAUAUUUGGUUACUGGGCACAAUUUUGUAA